AUGGCGUCUAUUUUCAAAAACCACGUCAUCGCCCUUAGUGGCACAUUUCCCAUGCAUAAACAAGACAAGAUCGAGUCUGGCGGUGGCACCUACAGUGCAAAAAUUGUCGACACAUGUACACAUCUUGUUACUACCCAAAAAGACGUUGAUGACAAUAAGCCCAAGUGUAGACAAGCUGCCUCGAUCAGUGGUUUAAAAAUUGUCUCCUGGAACUGGCUUCUGGAUUCAGCAGCAGACGGCAAACCAGCCUCAGAAAGUUCUUAUCUCUUGGCAGUAACCUCAGCGCCCGCACCAGCCACAAAUGGUAGGCCUGUAAGGUCAUCCAGAACCAAGCAGCAAUCCAAUGAUACCACUGCCAAUGCCAGCCUGGAUGAUGAUAACGACAAACCUGCCACAAAUUCAAAUAACUUUAAAGGCAAAAAACAGGCGGCCAAGUCAAAGACCAAACGCCCUAUCGCGGCAGACGAUGACGAAAAUACUACCACGUCCAAGUCGCAGGGUGAGCCCCCGGCGAAAAAGCAAAAGGAUGCCCAGAAGGCGUCUUCUCCAACAUUAAAGGUGCCAGUUGAUGAAAAAUUCAGCUUCGCCGCGACUCAUAGGGUAUUUAUUGGCAAACAUGGACUCAUCUAUGACGCGGCGUUGAACCAGACCAAUGCCAGUUACAAUCACAACAAAUUUUAUCUCAUUCAGCUGCUAGAGAACAAAUCCUCAGGGAAAUAUACCACAUGGACGCGAUGGGGUCGAGUUGGUGAAAAUGGGCAAUGUGCUUCUUUCCCUGGACUGACGCUGGACCAAGCGAAAGAUUUGUUUGACAAAAAAUUCAAAAGCAAAACUGGCUGUUCUUGGAGUGAUCGACUUUUAGCAUCCAAAGCUGGAAAAUAUACCUAUAUUGAGAGGAAUUAUGAGGAUGAUUCAGACGACGAGGAUGAAAGUGAAAAGAAAGGAAGCGAAAAAGCAAAGAAGGAAGUCACGGAAGAAGCGAAGAUACCAGAAUGCACAUUGUCGCAACCCGUCCAGGAAUUUGUUAGCCUCAUUUUUAACCAACAGCACAUGCUUUCAACCAUGGCCAGUAUGUCAUAUGACGCAAACAAACUACCAUUGGGAAAGCUGAGCAAACGGACUCUCAGUAGAGGCUUUGAGGUUCUAAAGAGCACUUCACAGUUGGUUGCAAACCCGGCAUUAGCCGUGCAAAUACAUGGUCGUCCAUUUGGUGCCGCGGCGGAGCAUCUGAGUAACCAAUACUUUACUCUCAUUCCUCAUGUUUUUGGACGUAGUCGACCUCCUGUUAUCGGUUCUCUGGAUCUGAUUAAGCGUGAAGUCGAACUUCUUGAAACCUUGACUGACAUGGCGAUUACCAACGAGAUCAUGAAGGAUGCCAAGACGUCCGAGACUGGCCUCCAUCCGCUUGAUAUUCAAUUCGCAGGGCUUGGCCUAGAGGAGAUGACACCAUUGGACUCAGCUACAAUAGAAUACAAAGAAUUAGAAGAUUACCUCGUGAAGUCUCAUGGCCAAACUCACUAUAUCAACUACAAGCUGAAACACAUUUUCCGCGUCGAACGCCGUGGUGAAAAGCAACGUUUCGAUACCUCCCCCUUCGCAAACCUAUCAAACAGCAACCGCCGUCUCCUCUGGCACGGUUCCCGCAGCACUAACUACGGAGGCAUUCUCAGUCAAGGCCUGAGAAUCGCACCACCCGAAGCCCCAGUAACGGGCUACAUGUUCGGCAAAGGUGUCUACUUUGCCGACAUUUCCAGCAAAUCUGCCAACUACUGUUGCUCCUCCAGCAGUGGCGACAUUGGCGUCUUGAUGCUGUGCGACGUCGAGUUGGGAAGUCCGAUGCUAGAACUUGUCAACAGCGAUUACCAUGCUGGCGAGAAUGCAAAGAAGCAAGGAAGCCUGUCUACGCUAGGUAAAGGCCGGACAAUCCCGCAAGGUUGGAAAGAUGCGGCUUGUGUGCACAGCGAUCUGAGUGGGGUUCUUAUGCCAGAUGUUUCGACUCCGCCGAAGCUGCAGGACGAUACGAAUGCUUGGCUGCAGUAUAACGAGUAUAUCGUUUAUGAUGUAGCGCAAAUUCGGGUUAAAUACCUGCUAUAUGUACAUAUGGAAUGA